GCUGUUCCCCCGGUGCCAUGCGAGGCUUCGGGCCAGGUCUGACGGCGCGGUGUCUAUUCCCGCUGCGGUUUCCUCCGCGGCCGGUGCGGCCGCCCGGGCCCCGACUCUCGAGCGGGCCUGUGGCGGCGGCGACGGCGGGCUCCCUGGAGCGGGCCAUGGACGAGCUGUUACGCCGCGCGGUGCCCCAGACGCCGGCCUACGAGCUGCGGGAGAAGACGCCGGCGCCCGCCGAGGGCCAGUGCGCUGACUUCGUGAGCUUCUACGACGGCCUGGCCGAGGUGGGCCAGCGCGCCGAGCUGCUCGGCCGCCUGGCGCAGGGCUUCGGCGUGGACCACGGCCAGGUGGCCGAGCAGAGCGCCGGCGUGCUCCAGCUGCGCCAGCAGCCUCGCGAACCCGCCGUGCUGCUGCAGGCCGAGGACCGGCUGCGCUACGCGCUGGUGCCGCGCUACCGCGGCCUUUUCCACCACAUCAGCAAGCUGGACGGCGGCGUGCGCUUCCUGGUGCAGCUGCGGGCCGACCUGCUGGAGGCGCAGGCCCUCAAGCUGGUGGAGGGCCCGCACGUCCGGGAGAUGAAUGGGGUGCUGAAAGGCAUGCUCUCCGAAUGGUUUUCUUCAGGCUUCCUGAAUCUGGAACGAGUCACCUGGCAUUCACCAUGUGAGGUGCUUCAGAAAGUCAGUGAGUCUGAGGCAGUGCACCCUGUGAAAAACUGGAUGGAUAUGAAGCGUCGUGUGGGGCCUUACAGGAGAUGUUACUUCUUCUCCCACUGCUCAACCCCUGGGGAGCCCCUGAUCGUUUUACAUGUGGCGCUGACCAAUGACAUUUCCAACAAUAUCCAGGCAAUCGUGAAGGAGUACCCUCCAUCUGAAACAGAGGAGAAGAACAGGAUUACAGCUGCCAUCUUCUAUUCCAUCAGCCUGGCCCAGCAGGGCCUGCAGGGAGUAGAGCUGGGGACCUUCCUCAUAAAGCGAGUCGUCAAGGAGCUGCAGAAGGAGUUUCCUCACCUGGGGGUCUUCUCAAGCCUGUCACCUAUACCUGGAUUCACCAAGUGGCUUUUGGGACUUCUAACCACACAAGCAAAGGAACAGGGGAGGAAUGAACUAUUCACAGACUCAGAGUACAAGGAAAUCACUGAAGUCACAGGCAGCCCUGUUCAUGAGACUCUCAAGGGCUUCCUGAGCAGUGGCGAAUGGAUGAAGUCUGAGAAGCUGGUGCAGGCACUGCAGACACCCCUGAUGAGGCUGUGUGCCUGGUACCUGUAUGGGGAGAAGCACCGAGGCUACGCCCUGAAUCCAGUGGCCAACUUCCAUCUGCAGAAUGGGGCUGUGAUGUGGCGCAUCAACUGGCUGGCAGACAGUAGCUUGAAAGGCCUCACCAGCUCAUGUGGCCUCAUGGUCAAUUACCGCUACUACCUAGAGGAGACAGCCCCCAAUAGCAUCGCCUACCUAGGCUCCAAGAACAUCAAAGCUUCUGAGCAGAUCCUCAGCCUGGUAGCCCAGUUUCAGAAGAAUAGCAAGCUCUGAGCACAUGCCUCCCAAACCCAAGACCCUGCUCAGAAGACGGCCAUGUUCCAGAUGGGCCAGAACUACCUACCACAGGAGCCCUUGGAGGAAGCACAGCUGUGCUGUGUCACCUCCCCACAGCUGGCACUCUGAGGUCAUGACCCAGCUGUCAAGCACUGGCAACGAUACACAUGGUAGAGAUGACAGUACAGGUGCAGCACUGUGGUCCUUCAGAAGCCCCUGCUGCCCUUGGGGCCUGGGAAGCUCUGCCGCAUGGUAUCUAGGGCUGCUCCUUAGACCAGAGCUGAGCCCAGAGGAGAGCACUUCUCUGAGCUUGUAGAGCUAACUCGGUGACAGUUGCUGUCAUCUCCAUAUGGUGCAACAGGAUAUAGGGCUGUGCUGUGAUUUGCCAGCACCAUUCUGAAGCUCAGAAACACACAAGGAGGUUCAAGACUUUGCCCAAAGUGUAGCAGAUCACUGCCCACUGAAGAUGUUACUGCUUGAGCCCCAAGUUGGUUUCUAGACUUUAAAAUUACCACAAUUCAAGUUCAUAAUGAACUGAGUAGUGAAGAACAAGUUUGUUCUGUAAACAUUAAAUGUGAUUAUUUACUGGU